UUCUCUGGCGUCGCCAACCUGAGGUACAUCGUGGCACGUCCUUGUUCCUGGGUGUGGACCCUCAGCCUGAGCCUUCGGGGUCCAAGGACUGGCUGGGGCUCCGCCCCCGCCGCAGCUCGCCCCUUGCCCCGCCCCGCCUGCGCGCGCUCGGCUGUCUUCGCACCCGACACUCGGCGGUGCUCGGCUGUCUCCGGCCGCUCGCUCGGCGUUCGGGUCCGCGGCCGCUGCGGCGCCGGGCAUUUCUCCGCAGCUCGGCUCGCGGCCGCGCCCGCCGCCGCCCGGCCCCGCGCCCAUGCAGGCCAUCAAGUGCGUGGUGGUUGGCGAUGGUGCCGUGGGGAAGACGUGCCUGCUGAUCAGCUACACGACCAACGCCUUCCCAGGAGAAUAUAUCCCCACAGUUUUCGACAACUACUCAGCCAACGUGAUGGUGGAUGGGAAGCCAGUCAACCUGGGGCUGUGGGACACUGCUGGCCAGGAAGACUACGAUAGGCUUCGGCCACUCUCCUAUCCUCAAACCGAUGUCUUUCUGAUCUGCUUCUCCCUGGUGAGCCCGGCCUCCUUUGAGAACGUCCGUGCCAAGUGGUACCCAGAGGUGCGGCACCAUUGCCCACACACACCCAUCCUUCUGGUGGGCACUAAGCUGGACCUCCGUGAUGACAAGGAUACCAUUGAACGGCUGCGGGACAAGAAGCUGGCACCCAUCACCUACCCCCAAGGCCUGGCCAUGGCCCGGGAGAUUGGUGAGUUCUGUCAAGUACCUGGAGUGCUCAGCCCUGACCCAGAGAGGCCUGAAGACAGUGUUUGAUGAGGCUAUCCGGGCUGUGCUCUGCCCACCUCCAGUGAAAAAGCCAGGCAAGAAGUGCACUGUGUUCUAGAGCCUGUCCGACCAGCCUGGCUGCAGAGCGCUGGUUCAAGUGUGCCCUCGUGUUGAGCUGUUUGACAUCCCUGAGUCUGCUGUGGGAAGUGGUGUGGGUGGGGAGGGGAAGCAUGGGGACAAGGCUGGGGUGAUGGGGUCCUGUCCCCUAUGCCUCCUUUUUCUGGGAUAUAGCUCCAGCCUUCCCUGGGCCCUAUGGGAGGCCAGGAGGGAGCAGGGUCUCCCUCAGGGUUGCAGGGGUGGGUCCAGGGCAGCCCCAGGAUGGGCCUCCCUGGAGGGAAGGGUGGGGGUGGUUUUGUUCAUCAAGUCCCAGGAAAGGGCGGCCCCUUCUUAUUUUAUACAAUAAACAUUCACCACCUC